UGUUGCUUCUUCAUGCGCAUGCCCAAAGAAAAAUAGCCUCGUUUUCAAUUGCGUGAAAAUGGCGACCAAGACUUUGCUAUGGUUGCCUGGGAGGUUUCAGACCCUGGGUACCCUCCUCAAUCGCACUUGGGCACCAGCAGGUUGUCAGUGUCGUGAACUCAUGACUGACAGGAAAUCAAAUGACAUUAAACAAACUAGUCUGGUUCCCUACAGGGAACAAAGUACUAACGUAGCCAAAACGAAGGAGAGUACAGAAGUACAAGAGAGUGCCGAAGCAGGAGUUGUGAAGCGAAAGAAGUAUUCUCCCUUCUUGGAAACAAGUGGCAAGGCUGAGUUUGCCUUGGCUCGUUUGGAUGACCUGGUGAACUGGGGAAGAAAGGGUUCCAUUUGGCCCAUGACAUUUGGUCUAGCCUGCUGUGCAGUAGAGAUGAUGCAUUUCGCCGCUCCUAGAUAUGACAUGGACAGGUUUGGUGUGGUGUUUCGUGCCAGUCCACGUCAGUCUGACUGCAUCAUUGUCGCCGGUACACUCACUAACAAGAUGGCACCAGCAUUGAGAAAGAUUUAUGACCAGAUGCCUGAACCUCGCUUUGUGAUCUCCAUGGGAAGCUGUGCUAAUGGUGGCGGAUACUACCAUUACUCAUACUCCGUAGUCCGAGGCUGUGAUCGUAUUAUACCUGUAGAUAUCUAUGUACCUGGAUGUCCACCCACAGCAGAAGCUUUGUUAUAUGGAGUGCUACAACUACAGAAGAAAAUCAAGAGAAUGAGAAUAUUUCAAAUGUGGUACCGCAAAUAAACCAGGCAUUUCUGAGAUUUCUAUAAACUUUUUAAAAACUGUGUCAAACAACUACAUCUAUUUUUGUGUGUUUGGGAUUCUUGGACAUUCAGAAUUAAUGAAGAAACAUCAGCUGUUAUGUAGCUUUGAGUUUUUGUUUUCAACAGCACAUUACAAAGUGUUAAUUCCAGUUAACCCAGGCUAAUUGACACUUGUUGUGUACCUCUGGUGCUGGAAAGUAUACACCAUGUAGAAUAUAUUGAAAUGUAGGGUGGAAAGUUUAUGAUGUACAAAAGAUGUGACCAAUGAAACGCCAGUGACUGUAUUGUGUAAAUAAUGCUGAUGUGUUUUGUCAUGUCUGCAAUUAAAAUUAAGAAAUGAAACUGU